AUGUCUGGGGUUCAGCAUGUGACAGUAUCUUACAUUUUUCCAAAUGGAGACAAGUACGAGGGGCAGUGCUAUAAGUCAGCCUCUGGAGCCAUGGUGAGGGGUGGUACUGGGAAGCAUGUUUCUGCUAGUGGGGUCGUGUACAGCGGAGAGUGGAAUGAGGACAGAAUAAAUGGUAAAGGGACGCUGCAGUUUCCCUCUGGAGCACACUAUGAAGGAGAGUUCAAAGACGGUAUGUUUCACAACACAGGAAUAUACAGGUUCACAGAUGGCUCAUACUACACUGGACACUUCAAACAAAACAGGCUGAAUGGCCAAGGAUCCUUCACAGAUUCAUCAGGAUUGGUGUGGAUUGGAGAGUUUUAUGUUAAAGCAGCUCUGGGACUGAGAUUGAAACAUGAUAUUUAA